AAAUGCAGAAAAAUUCAGUUUCAACGCUUUUUUAAAUCUGGAGCAUCUGCUGUACGAGUCCCUGUAAAUGAGCUGUUGCUAUAGAAACGAUAAUGUAUUAGAAUGAGUGAGUUAAUUGUAAAUUAGCCAUGGCCUAAUCGUUAGAGAAUCAGCUUUGGGACCAAAAGGUUGCUUGUUCAAGUCUACCAGCAGGAAUGGCUGAAGUGCCCUUGAGUAAGGCAUCGAACCCCCAACUGCUGCUCUGGGUGUGGUGCACAUCACUCUGGGUAAGAGCGUCUGAUAAACGCCUGCAGUGUAAAUAAACCUGUGAUUUUUAACAGUGGAGUAACAGCUAUUAUUAUUAUUAUUAUUAUUGAAUAAGCACUGACCUCUGACCUUGAUACUUGUCCGAGUUUCUGCCUGUGUGUCCCUCAGCUUUAUUUGACUACUCUGUGUGUGUUUCCUGGUGUUUGAUAUCUCUGUAUGCAAAUCCCACCACACACAGCGAACUCCAGUGUACUAAUGCAGGAACUGAGAGAGAAAGAGGGUUUAGAUCAACAUGCAGACAGAAGGAGGGACGGUUCAGGAGGAUUACUGAGGCGUCAGAGCCACAGGACACACACUGAGCCCUGGGCCGAGGGAUGGAGGGUCUGUACAGAGACAGCGAGAGAUCCAGAUCAGCAGCAGUGUCGCAGCCCCACUGACUCGUCAGACUUGUACCAUUGCACCGUCACCGUUCACCCUCACCCAGCCAUGCAGCAGUCUCCUGACUCACCCAAUGGCCCGGGCGUGUCUACGGAGCCCACGCCGAGCACCACAGAGGUCCUUGAAGUGCAGGUUCACAGUAACGAGGACCUCCCAGAGCUGGAAUGCGCCGUGUGCUUCAGUCAGUUCAACAACGUGUUCAACACGCCCAAAGUGCUGCAGUGUGGCCACACGUUCUGCCUGGAGUGCCUCGCGCGCAUGAACAUAAAGUCCUCCCAGCCCGCGAGCCUGCAGUGCCCUCUGUGCAGAGCGUUCACCCCUCUGCCCACCCUCGGCCUGCCCAAACUGGACACGGACGUGGCGGUGCUGUCCUGCCUCCCGGAGGCCAUGCAGCACGUCUACAGCAUCCGCUUCAAUCGCAACAAAUGCAAACUGCAGGUGAAGCGCAUUCCCAGCUCCAUUCCAGCUUCCCUAAACAACCAGCGCCGCAGCCUGGACCUCGGGUCUCCCGUCAGCGCUGAUGAGGACCAGGACAGGCCACGCGGAGUGGCCCCGUUCUUCAGACGGCUCAUGAGGCUUCCCAUGUGCAGGGCGUUCCUCAUGAUAUCCUCCAUGCUCAUCAUGGUCUCGCUCACCAUCGGCAUCAGCAUCCUCCUUUCAAUACGUAAGUGACAUCACAGAGAGGAGGGAGGGAUUUUAGGGCAGCGGUUUGAUUUCUCACGUAAACUGGUUUCAGCGUCUCUCCAGUGGUUCUUCCAUAAAACGGGUUUCUCUGCAGCUUCUCUCCUGGAACAGACUUCUCCACUCUGCACUUUCAGCAAGAUGAUUUGUCAACUUCAGACAGAUUAAAUACGGAAAAAAAAUGUGUUUAUGUGUGUUCACGUUUUAUGUUUUCUUCCUGUUGUUACUUGAUAUGCUCAGAUUUGCACUAUGAGCUGCUCCAAAGGCUAACUGUAAACAUGAAUGUACAGCAACACCAGUCUUAUUAAAGACACAGAAAACACCACUCACUGGCUAAGGCCCUGUCCACACGGCAACGGAUUCAGGUGACUCCGAUACAAUUGUUUAUCAUUUAGGCCUGGCAUCCACACGGCACCGGCGUUUUAGGUGCCCAAAACGCAAUCUU